GUUGAUUUAGGCUUGUAGGUUGUUAAAUUCCUGCAUCUUCCUUCCAUUUUCUUUCAUACUUCACAACUACUUCUAUUAUUAUGGUUAUACGUAUAAGUAGAGAAGAAACAAAAUAUACAUUUAUAUAUAAAGAUUAUGCGAAGUUUGCCUUAAGAGGCUACCAAAAAUGAGUACAGCAAGAUUUAUCAAGUGUGUGACGGUGGGGGAUGGUGCUGUGGGAAAGACUUGCAUGCUCAUUUCCUACACCAGUAAUACCUUUCCAACGGACUAUGUUCCCACAGUAUUUGACAAUUUCAGUGCUAAUGUGGUGGUAGAUGGUAGUACAGUGAAUCUUGGAUUAUGGGACACAGCUGGGCAAGAAGAUUAUAACAGGCUGAGGCCACUGAGUUACAGAGGAGCUGAUGUGUUUUUGUUGGCUUUUUCUCUCAUUAGCAAGGCCAGUUAUGAGAACAUAUACAAAAAGUGGAUUCCUGAGUUAAAACAUUAUGCUCCAAAUGUGCCAAUUGUGCUAGUUGGAACCAAGCUUGAUUUGCGAGAAGAUAAGCGGUAUUUGAUUGAUCAUCCUGGGGCAACACCAAUAACAACAGCUCAGGCAAGCUGUCUAAUCCAAAAUCUAAUCAAAACCUUGCAUUUGAACUUCUUAAAUUUAACUUUUGAUGAGCAGGGUGAGGAACUGAGGAAAAUGAUCGGUGCCGUUGUUUACAUAGAGUGCAGUUCCAAAACUCAACAGAAUGUGAAGGCUGUGUUUGAUUCAGCAAUAAAGGUAGCUUUGCGACCACCAAAACCAAAAAUGAAGCAACGAAAGCAACAAAGAAAUUGCUCUUUCCUGUAGACGAGAUCAGUCUUUCUGCAACUUAAAAAUUUGUCACAUAUAUACACUUGAUUCUUCUUGAAUUAGUAAUUUUCAUACCCUUUUGAAGCCAUAGAGAUAUCCACACAGGGGAGGACCUCAAUUGCUUAUGGCUGUUAUGAGUUUUCCUUUUGUCUGCAUACAUGUGCAGUUUUGUAUCUUUAUAAUUGUAAUUUCUUUCAUGGAACUAAUAUAUAAUAUUCAAUCCGUCCGUUGAUUAA